CUCCCAUUACUAUUGAAAUAGCAAUUCUCAACUUAUAAGGCUUAAGCUGCUAAAGCUCCGUGACCCCACUAUCGCAUGCGGAACCGGCCGGUUUAUACAUACCUGUAUGCAGUACUGGUUUAUAUGCAAGUCGUACAAGAUAAUUACCUAACCUACCUAGUAUUAUCCAAAAAGUAAUUUAAUUAACUGGAGCAUCUUCCUUCCUAUACCAGAAAUUGUCAUAUCCCAUAAAGUCGCGAUGCCCUCCGAAAUCACCGCCUCAACGGGUGGUCUUACCCCAGACCAACUCGCCGCCUUCUGGCGCGACGGGUAUCUCAUCAUCCCCGAUGCCCUACCCCCCACAACCGUCAGAGCCCUCCUAGAUGAGACACAUCAGCUCCUUGACGAAUUCGCGCUGUCUGAACACCCUAUGACGCGGUUCAGCACAGGCGAGAAGUCCGCUCAUGUUGGCGACGAGUACUUCCUGACGUCAGGUGACAAACUGCGCUUCUUCUUCGAGGAGGACGCUUUCGACGACGCGGGCAACUUAACCAAACCCAAGUCGCGCGCGAUUAACAAGAUCGGGCACGGAUUGCAUGCGUUAUCGCCACCCUUCGCCGCAUUGCUUGAUCCGGCGCUGAACCCGGACUUGCUGGGCGCCGGAACGAGUGUGGGCAGUGUAGCAGCGGGCCGCAAGGAGAGCCAUCCGGCAGCAAUUGCGCGGGCGCUUGGGUUUAAAGACCCGCGAUGUUUGCAGAGUAUGGUGAUCUGCAAACAGCCAGAGAUCGGAGGCGCGGUGCCGCCGCACCAGGACAGCACGUUCCUGUACACGGAACCGCCAAGCGCUGUGGGGUUCUGGUACGCUCUUGAAGAUGCAACCGUCGAAAACGGGUGCCUUAGUUUCCUACCAGGAAGCCACCGGUGGGCGCCUGUGCGGCAGCGGUUCGUGCGUGCCCAGGGCGGCGGUACAGAAUUUGUGGAUAAUGAUGGGACAAGGUUUCCGCCGGGGGAGGAAUAUGGAGAGAAAGAUGGACAGAGCGAAGAUGGGGAGUAUAAGAUGGGCGAGGUAAAGGCUGGUUCGUUAGUGCUGAUACAUGGAAACUUACUGCACAAGAGCGAGAAGAAUUUGAGUCCAAAGGGGCGUAUUAUUUAUACGUUCCAUGUCAUUGAGAGAGAAGACACGAAAUAUGACGAGAGAAACUGGCUUCAACCGCCGGCAGAUGGCUUCACGCGGCUAUACAGAGAAUAAUCGAGAUGAAAUUGUACUGCAUUGAGUAGAUUUCAUGAAACGACGGGCUUGCGUUGGUACUGGAGUGUAUUAACAAGCCCGCUAUCUUGCUCAACUAGCUUCCCGUUGGUGUUGCUUACCGCAUUAAAGAGUAAGUAACUCGAUAACAUAUCGUUGGUCAACUCUCCAAAGAAGGUAUCAAAGGCGAUGGGCUAUAUCUAACCCAUAAUCACCAAAUAACUCAAGUACCUCAUAAAUCCGAGCUUUGUGAUAAUAUAUCUACUAGAACUAGGGUGGAGCGUUGACCAUAGCUUUGGACAAUUGAUAAUCACAUCGCAUUUCACAUUUCUACCUAAUGUAGCAAAG